CCAAUCAGAUUGUCGUUUGUACCAAGGUUUCCUCUUUGAGUUCCUAGCGGGAAGUAUCUGUCAGAGCUGUUUUCGGGCUUCACAUGCAACCAAAAUCCGCGCUAAAAGAAGCAGCAUGAAGCUAUCCAGAGCUGAAUAUAAAGAGAUCGUGAGGUGGACUGAACACCUAAGACCAACACGCCAGUGUAUGAAAAUGCUCAAAGAAAGAUUUCCAAAUCACUCGCAGUCCACUCUUCUGAGCAUCUUCUCCCUGGAGUACCAGAAACGAACCAAAAGGACCAUCUCAAGACAUCACGCACCAGAUGUUAUUGAAAGCCACUACCAAAGGUAUCUGAGUGAAAGCAAGGCUCGUCCCACCGCUCCUGUCCUGCUGGAGUUGGCAAAUGAGGUAGAUCUGUCUCCCGCACUGAUGGCUCGGAUCAUCCUUGACAGAUUCCUUCAAGACCUGGAGGGUGAAACGCGUGAGUACCACUUUUCCAUUUCCCACUCUGUCCUUUCUGUCAUCCCCUCCAUCAUUCUUAGCCAUAAUAUUUCUUCCCCCUCUUUUCAGUGCACAAUAAAUGACUGCUGUUAUGGACCGCUGGUAGACUGCAUCAAACAUGCUAUUGGCCAGGAACAUGAGGUGCUGCUCCGUGAUAAGCUGAAGGAGAGGAACCUUUCCUAUUUAGAUGAAAACCAACUGAGGACUAUGGGGUACGACAAAACACCUGAUAUCAUCCUGGAGGUUCCAAUUGCUGUGGAGGGACAUAUCGUACACUGGAUCGAGAGCAAAGCUUCAUUUGGGGACGACCACAGCCAUCGCACAUAUCUGAAUGAGCAGUUCUGGAGCUACUGGAACAGGUUUGGUCCAGGCCUUGUGAUCUACUGGUACGGUUUUAUCGGAGAACUGGACUGCCAGCGAGACAGAGGAAUCCUGCUCAAAGACUGCUUCCCUACAGACAUCUCCACUCUGUGCCAUGCCUCCCAGCCAGGCCAACUGCCACAGGAUCCACAAUAAGGACAAAGAGAAAAGAUGAGACGUGGAGCAAAAAAAAAAAAAGUAAACACAGACGGGAGAUUAAAUGGAAGAGGAAGACGAGGAGGCUGCGUCCAGCAGGACUUUGCGAUUGCUUUCCUGCAGUGUGAAAAUACCGGCCAAAAAAAAAAAAA